UAGCAUCAUCGUCCUUCUCUGGAUGAGAACGAGCAUCUUCGGUUGUGAUCUGGGAGAGUAGUUGCCUCAUGAUUGGUGAUUAGGCUAUACUGUACCACUGAUACAUCCUUGAACAGAGGAACAGAGAUCGACAUCCAGCAGCACAAUGGCUAGGAAUCGUAAAGACAGAGACAGCUGGGGCUCGUUCACAGAUAAAGGCAUAUAUGAUUGGAGCUCAGAGGAGGAGGAGCCAGAUGGGAAGGCGCGGCCUGUGCAAGUGCUGGUUGUCAAGGACGACCACUCCUUCGAGCUGGAUGAGGUGGCCCUCAGUCGCAUCCUGCUGUCGGAGGAAGUGAGGGACCGUGAGGUGGUGGCUAUUUCAGUGGCCGGAGCUUUCCGGAAGGGCAAGUCCUUUCUCAUGGACUUCAUGCUGCGCUACAUGUACAACCAGGCUUCAGAGAAUUGGUUGGGUGAUCCGGAGGAGCCUCUGACUGGGUUUUCAUGGAGGGGAGGAUCUGAGAGGGAGACCACUGGAAUCCAGAUCUGGAGUGAGGUCUUCCUAGUGGAUAAACCAGAUGGGACGAAGGUGGCCGUGCUGCUUAUGGACACCCAGGGGACAUUUGACAGCCAGUCCACUCUGAGGGACUCUGCCACAGUGUUUGCCCUCAGCACCAUGAUCAGUUCCAUGCAGGUGUACAAUAUCUCCCAGAAUGUCCAGGAGGAUGAUCUUCAGCAUCUACAGCUUUUCACUGAGUAUGGUAGACUAGCCAUGGAGGAAACAUUCCUGAAACCAUUCCAGUCCAUGAUCUUCCUGGUGCGGGACUGGAGCUUUCCUUAUGAGUUCUCGUAUGGUCAGGAAGGAGGGAUGAAGUUCCUGGAAAAGAGACUAAAGAUCUCAGAGAACCAGCAUGAGGAGCUGCAGAACGUGCGGAAACACAUCCACUCCUGCUUCACAAACAUCUCCUGCUUUCUGAUGCCUCAUCCAGGCCUCAAGGUGGCUACCAACCCACACUUUGAUGGACGACUUCAAGAGAUUGACCCCGAGUUCACCAACCACCUGCGUGUGCUGGUGCCCUGGCUGUUGAGUCCGCGCAACCUGGACGUCAAGGAGAUCAACGGCAGCAACAUCACCUGCCGAGGCCUGCUUGAGUACUUCAAGGCAUACAUAAAGAUAUACCAGGGGGAAGAACUGCCACACCCCAAGUCCAUGCUACAGGCUACAGCUGAGGCUAAUAACCUGGCAGCUGUUGCAGCAGCCAAAGACCUCUACAGCAAGAAGAUGGAGGAGGUGAGCGGUGGUGAUCGUCCCUUCCUGGCACCCAGCGAGCUGCAGGCGCGCCACGUCGACAUCCGGCAGGAGGCGCUGGCCGUGUUCCGCGGCGUCAAGAAGAUGGGCGGGGAGGAGUUCAGCCGCCGUUACCUGCAGCAGCUCGAGGCGGAGGUGGACGAGCUCUUCGUGCAGUACAUCAAGCACAACGACUCCAAGAACAUCUUCCAUGCCGCGCGCACCCCCGCCACGCUCUUCGUGGUCAUCUUCAUUAUGUACGUGGCUGCGGGCAUCACGGGCUUCGUGGGCGUGGACGUGAUUGCCAGCGUGUGCAACAUGGUGCUGGGCCUGGCACUCAUCACACUCUGCACCUGGGCGUAUAUCCGCUACUCGGGCGAGUACCGCGAGCUGGGUGCCGUCAUCGACCAGGUGGCUGGCGCACUCUGGGACCAGGGAAGUACAAAUGAGGUGAGUCCACAGGAGCAAAUCAUCAACUCUGCCCUUCAUAGUCCAACAUCUGGAGGCAUUGGUUGGGCUCUUUACAAGCUGUACAACGCAGCAGCCAAUCACCGCCACCUUUACAACCACGCCUUCCCUGGCCAAGGGCAGGAUCAGCAGGAGGAACAGAACAGAAGGAGGAACUGAGCGGCAGACCGCAAAGGAUCAAAGGAAGGUCUGCAAGAGGUUCAGGUGGGAGGCCGUGUUUUUUUUUUUUUUUUUUACAUGUAAUGACCCUGGAGGAAGUGGACAACACGUGAGAGGCCUAGGAGAAAGAGUGUCUUUACACAGUCAUUCUCCUUUCGUCCCCAAGUGUCAGAGCUGCGACUGAGUCUAAUCUGACUGGAGGCUGCAGCAGAACAUCAAGAGACAUGGUGGAGACCAGGUGUUUGGGGAGUGUCUCUUCCUCGGUCAAAGAGUAGAGCAUCUGAACACACACACCCCACUAAAGUGUACAAUAUCUGGCAUCUCCACACUCUAAAAUCAGGGUCAAAACGCAAAAUCUUUGCCACCAACAUAUUUCAGCCUGGACACAAACAUAGGCAUAGACAGGAUUUCUUUU